UCCUAAGACCAUUGAAAAUAUGUGUUUUCCGAUGGUCUUAGGCGACCCCUGUGAAAAGUUGAGAACCACUGCCCUAGAGAGAACUGAAGGAUGAGGAGGGUGAGCCUGGGCGGAACAAGCGUGGGGCCCAGAGGGAUCUGGGCAGAAAGGCCAGGAGGCAAAACUGGAGGAUACAGGCCGGUGUCUCAGUGCCUGAAGGUCACAGUGAGGGUUUCAGAUUUAUCACAGGCAGCGGGAGGCUGGGGAAGGAUUCAUGCAGAGGAAGGGUGUGGUAGCAUCAUUACACAAAACUCCCCCUGGUGCCAUGAGGACAGCCUGGUGGGGUCCCAAAUGAGAGCUGGAAGGCCACUGAGGAGGCCCACACAGCCUGGAUGAGAGGAGAGGGAGGGGAAAUGGUUGAAGCUGGAUGGAGGCUGAACCAGACUAAGUGAUAGGUUGUCUUGCUGGGAGGACAGGGCAUGAGGGAGAGAGGACUGACCUGCCUAGCUGGGACGGGGGAGGUGACAGUGCCACUCACCAGGAGGAGAAUGAUGCUGGAGACAGGGACCCAUUCUGAUUCCAUACAGCUGGCAUUCUACUUGACAGUUGUGUUCCUGUGAAGAGAGUGGUUCCUACGAGUGUUCACAGAGGAAAAAAUUCUCAGAGGUCGCAGAUCGAUGCCAGCUUUAGGUCUCUGCACUCUGUGAGUAGAAGGGGGUAUUAAUUAUGAUGGGGAUUGAAAGUAAAUAGGAUGAUUAUGCACUUCCUUUUUAAAAAUAGCUUUUAUUGGUCUUUCCUUCAAGCUAAAAGAAAAGGUAAUUCAUGGUCAUUAAAAAAACAGAAAAUAUUGAUUAUGAAAAAAUCUUACAAACAUCUCCAGUAAUCCACCAUCUAGAGAUAAAUCUACGAUCCAUAUUUUUAUAUUCAGAAAAUUGGGGUGAUACAGCUCACAUUUUUUCUUAACAGAUUACAAAUGUCUAACAUUCUUUUACUGACUGCACAACAUACCACCACAGGGGUGUGUGAUCAUUUAUCCAACCAAUUCCAAUUGCUGGAUGUAUCCCAGUUGUUUCCAGAUUAUUAAUAAUUCUUAAAACAGCCUUGGGUUUUCUGAGGACAAAGCUCUAGAAGUGAGAUUGCUGUGAAUACCCAGCUUUCAGACAUCCUUGUCAACACCUGGUACUGUUACUCCCCAAAAUUCAAGUUCACGUGCCCGACGCACUAGUAAGCCAAAACCCUGAGACACCAGUGGCUGGAGAGAGAAAGAUUUAUUUGAUUUUUGCCAAAGCAAGAGGACGGGAGAGCACGAUCUCUCAAAUCCAUCUUCCUCAAAAAGCAAAAGAAGCAAGAUUUUAUGCAGUAAGGGAGGGGGAGUUUCAGGGAAACAAGGGAAAAGUCUGUGUUUCUUCAGUCACAGAUAACAUUUUGUGCAGCCAGAUGCCUGUGCAGCAGCAGCAGCAACAGAAAGUAAAAUGCCUUUACUUUCUUAAAGGCAUUUAUUCCUUCUGCAAAACACACUCACCUUCUCCCUGUGGCUCCUCCUGCUUAACAAAGAAACAGUACACCAGCAACACAAAAUUAAAUUGUGAGGACAAGGGGUGCUGGGUAGAAGAACCCCAGUUCAGCAAACUAUCUCAUAAUUGUGCAUCAGCGAUGUUAUCUUAAAGCAAAAAGCAAAAAUUAGAGACAUCUUGUGACCUUACUGUUUAAGCUAUCAUUGUUGUUGCUCUUAACUAGCUAUAUUUUUCAAUUAUCUCAAGCAAAGUGUACCUUUAAACAUUUCUCCUGGAACUUGCUUUACAAGCAGACCUUCAGAACAUGAGUAACAUACUUUCUUAAUCUUUGACUAUAAGCUACAUGACAAAGCAAUCGAAACUUUUAGUUAAAACCUAUACCUGUAACUCCAGACUCCACCAUCCAAUACCUAAACAUGUUUAUUGUUAACUGUCAGUUUCAGUACUAUCAUUAAAAAGAAAAUAAUAAUAGCACCCACCACUUCAUUCUUGUAUGCACAACUUCAGCGUGUUUUCUCCUGGGGCUGCAUUUCCCUAGGUUGGCUUGGAGAGCUCAUCAUGGGAUCCCCACCCGCUCAACUUUGUGAUUGAUGCUCCUGGUGACCGGGAGGGGGCGCCCGCGGACUCAGCGGUGAUCCAGAUGCGUUCCCAAUACUCAGGCUGUGAUGACAGCCAGGAGUGCCCUUCAGGCCAUCUUUAAGUAUCCCGCACCUGCUCUGAGAUGCCUUCUGCAGGGGCUGGGAGUGGGCGAUUGACCGGCAGAUGGCCCGAUACUGGGAGAAUGCGAGUGAGAGCCUUACUCUUUGUCAUCCUCCAACCUGAAGUCCAACACAAGUUGCAGCCCCUCCUCCUCCCUGUUUUAUUUCUCCAUAGCACGUACUACCUCUAACAGACCAUGAACUCAGUGUUUAUAUCUAUUGCUUCCUGUCCCGCCCCCAUAACACAAGCUCAGCAUCACCAAGGCAGGGGAUUUUAUUCAUUUUGGUCCCUGAGAUGCUCGGGGUGGAGAAGAGAGAUGGGGAGCGAGCGGCGAAGUAGAGUGUGGAGGGGGUACAGGACGCGGAGGACAGGUGGAGGGCAGAGAUGCGAGAGGAAGAAGUGGAGAAUGAGGGGCGGGGAGCGUGAAUGGCUGAAAACGUUGGAGGUCAGAAAAGGUGAAACCGGCCCAGAGAAGUGAUGGGAUUUGCCCCAGCUCUCCCACCCAGCAAGCCAGCUCCAAGGACCCAGGUGUUGGCAGCUGACAAUGGUGGUUGUUGCUCUGGUGUAUGAAGGACAGAGCCCUGGACCGCGAGGUUCCUUGCCAGGGAGAAGGAGAAGAAAUCCAUCUGCUGGGGUCUGAGUGUGGCCUUGGGGACAGGCCAUUGGUCCCGAAAUGCCCCUGCCUGAGCCCAGUGAGCAGGAGGACGAGAGCAUGAAGGCCGGCCAGGAGCCGUCCCCUGAGUCCCCUGAGCCAGGCACAGAUGUCGUCCCCAUAGGCCCCACGAAGCCCAAGGAGUUCUCCAAUCUGGUCCUGCUAACGGCCUCCACUGAGAACAGGGAUGGGGUGGGCUCCCAGCCCACAGGAAUGCAGUGUGUCAUGUCCCUGGGGAUAUCUGGCCCCGAUACCCUGGCCAGGACCCUCCAAGUCCUGCCGGCAGAGGAGCAGGGAGGGGCAAUCCAGCCAAGCUCCCAGGCUUCUGAGCAGAGAAGCAUCAAGCCAGACACAGCAGCCCCCAAGCCCCUGGAGUUCCUGAGGACCCCAUUCGGGGGCCGCCUCCUGGUGCUUGAGUCCUUCCUGUACAAGCAGGAGAAGGCCGUGGGAAACAAGGUAUACUGGAAAUGCCGACAGCACACCGAGCUGGGCUGCCGGGGCCGGGCCAUCACCCGAGGUCCACGGGCCACAGUCAUGCGGGAUCACUGCCACCUACCUGACGAGGAGGGCCUGAAGGCCCGGCGCCAAAGACAGAAGCUGCCCAACCCAGCCCUGCCGGAAGGCUUGGGGGGUCCUGCAGGCCCUGGAGACCUGGUGGAGGAGCCACUCGAGGGGGUGGGCCUGUGGCUGUGCCCUGAGGAGCCAGAGCCUGCUCCUGGGCUGGUCCUGAGCAAGCCAGCCCCAGAAGAAGAUGAGAGACUGCGAACACUGUCAUUGCUAAGCUUGCCUCCCAAGAAACGCCCAACACGGGGGACUGGAGAGCGUCCGUCCCUGGAGUUCCUGAGGACCUGCUAUGGGGGCAACUUCCUGGUGCACAAGUCAUUCCUGUACAAGCGGGAGAAGGCUGUGGGGGACAAGGUGUACUGGACGUGCCGGGACCAUGUGCUGCACAGCUGCCGCAGCCGAGCCAUCACCCAGGGCGAGCGAGUGACCGUGAUGCGUGGCCACUGCCACCCACCCGACAUGGAGGGCCUACAGGCUCGGCGACAGCAGGAGAAGGCCAUGGAGACACUGAAGGCCAGGUCAGGUGGCCCUGGGGGCCAAGUGGACAAGCUGCUCCAAGGUGUGGACAGCCUCCUCUACCGCAGAGGGCCAAGCACCCUGACUCUCACCAGGCCCCGGCCCAGAAAACGUGCAAAGCCCCAGGCCCUGCAGGGAUCCACCACCGAGGACCAGAAUGAGGAUCUGGGAGGCCCUGAGUUCCUGAGGACCCCUCUGGGGGGCAGCUUCCUGGUGCACGAGUCCUUCCUCUACAGGCGGGAGAAGGCUGCCGGCGAGAAGGUGUACUGGACGUGCCGGGACCAGGCCCGUAUGGGCUGCCGCAGCCGGGCCAUCACCCAGGGCCAGCGGGUGACCGUGAUGCGCGGCCACUGUCACCCACCUGACCUUGGGGGCCUGGAGGCCCUGAGGCAGCGGGAGAAACACCCUGGCACGACCCAGAAGGAGAGUUCAGGAGGCCCUGAGUUCCUGAGGACCCCUCUGGGGGGCAGCUUCCUGGUGCAUGAGUCCUUUCUCUACAGGCGGGAGAAGGCCGCUGGCGAGAAGGUGUACUGGACGUGCCGGGACCAGGCCCGCAUGGGCUGCCGCAGCAGGGCCAUCACCCAGGGCCAGCGGGUGAUGGUGAUGCGUAGGCAUUGCCACCCACCCGACCUUGGGGGCCUGGAGGCCCUGAGGCAGCGCGAGCAGUUCCCCAGCCCGGCCCAGAGGGAAGGUUCAGGAACCCUCCAGCCUCUGGAGUUCCUGAGAACUUCCCUUGGGGGGAGGUUCCUGGUGUUCGAGUCCUUCCUGUACAGAAAGGAGAAGGCUGCCGGCGAGAAGGUAUACUGGAUGUGCCGGGACCAGGCCCGGCUGGGCUGCCGCAGCCGGGCCAUUACCCAGGGCCAGCAGGUGACGGUGAUGCGUAACCACUGCCACCUGCCUGACCUGGCAGGCCUGGAGGCCCUGAGACAGCGGGAACGGCUCCCCAGCACAACCCAGCAGGAGGACCCAGGUACAGACUGGAUGGGAGGCAGCGGUGGGGUACAAAAGAGCUGUGGGAUCUUGGUCUCGGCCAGCCCAAGGUUCAGACACCUCUGGGGACAGACACCAUCUGGGGAGCUUUGUGCCCUGGCCUUUCUGCAUCUCUAGAGUCUUCUACCUGUCAUCUCUACUGGCUCCUUCUUCUGAACCUGUCCCAUCCUUAAAAACAAACUACCAUUUUCUGUUUUAUUCUAAGAGGUCUUAACUUAUUACAAUUGUUGUCUCUUUUGAAAAUGUUGUGAAAAAAUAUAGACCACCCAGAAGAAUGUACCAAUGCGUGUGGCAUAUGCACACAUAUGCAUAUAAAGCUUUGCAAAUAAUUAACUGUAUUGACCUGAAAUGGGUUCCCAUCACAUACA